AUGGAUGAAAAGUCCACGUUGCCACUCCACAACAAAGUGGAUAGGAAAAUGUGCAAAUGGAAAACACUUCCUCUCAUCAUACUCUGUAUAUGUUGCUUCUGGGCCAGCUAUUCGUCAACUUUAUUCCUUCUCAGCACUUGGUUUCCAAGAGAUGAAAACCCAAGUAAUCCUGAUGGUCUUUGCCCCAUUGUUCCUAAAAUAAAUCCAUCUAACCACAUUCAUAAUCCUAAGACACUAAAUUAUAUCUUACAUGAUGAGAAAUUUCACAAGCAGGAACGUGAUCGGUUAUUGGGAGCAAUUCAAAUUCCAACUGAAGUUUAUGAUGAUAUGUUGACCCCCAAAUUAGCAAAACAUUUGGACGAGCUACUCGAUUUAGAACCCAGAUGGAAACCGUUUCUUAAGUUCCAUAAGUAUUUGGAAGAAACUUACCCCUUAGCUCACAAACAUUUGAAAGUCGAAAAAAUUAAUCAUUUGGGGUUGGUUUACACUUGGAAAGGUAGUGACAAGGACAAAAAGCCAAUAAUUUUGGCAGCCCAUCAAGAUGUUGUGCCUGUUCAAAAAGCAACUUUGGAUCAUUGGACUUAUCCUCCGUUUGAAGGUGGAUAUGAUGGGACAUAUCUCUACGGAAGAGGUGUAUCCGAUUGUAAAAACCUACUUAUUGGACUACUCUCCACAAUUGAACUACUACUAGAAAAGGGAAAAUUCAAUCCCCAGAGAUCAAUCAUCUUGGCUUUUGGUUAUGAUGAAGAGAGUGCCGGUACAGGAGCAACUGAAAUUUCCAAACAUCUUCAAAUUCGCUACGGUCCCGAUUCCAUAUUACAAAUCAUCGACGAAGGUAAUGAAGCGUAUGAGGAAAUUGAAGGGUUGAAGUUGAUCUUACCAGCAACAGGUGAGAAGGGAUACUUGGACUCUGUAAUUGAAUUGUAUACCCCUGGAGGUCAUUCAAGCGUGCCACCAAAACAUACAUCUAUUGGAAUAAUGGCUCAAUUGAUUACUGAGAUUGAAAACGAUGCAUUCCUGCCGUUACUUACUCAAGUUAACCCAAUCAUGGGUGAACUUUUCUGUUUAGCUGAACAUAGCCCUAAUUUGAACAAAGAUAUCAGACGUAAUAUCUUGAAAGCUCAAGUUGAUGCAAAUGCCAAUAAAAAAGUUGUUCAGUACUUGGAUGCAAACUUGGAAACAAAGUAUUUGAUCACUACUUCUCAAGCUAUUGAUAUUGUUGAAGGAGGAGUUAAAUCGAACGCAUUGCCUGAACAUGUAUCAAUUUUGGUCAACUCUAGGAUAUCAGUUGAGGAAUCAGUUCAGAAUGUGGUCGACAAGUAUCAGUUUCAUAUUGAGUCCAUUGCCAAGAAAUUCAACCUUGGUCUUAUUUUGAAUGGGGAAGAGAUAAUCGAACCCACAAAACAAGGAUAUUUCAACUAUUCCUUAGUGGAGCCUCUAGAACCAGCACCAGUAUCACCCAUAAAUGGUGAAAGUUGGAACACAUUCGGUGGUGCUUUGAGAUACUUGUAUGAAGAUUUGGUGUUUUCUAAGCUGAAUGAUUCAUUUGUGGUUGCUCCAUUUUUAUCCACUGGUAAUACCGAUACCAAAUCUUAUUGGGAUUUGAGUAGGAAUAUUUAUCGAUAUCAGCCCGGGUUUCCUAAUGAAGAUAGUGGCAUUCAUUCAGUUGAUGAGAGAUUGAUUUUCAAUGGGCAUUUCCAUAUUAUUGCUUUUUACUACUAUUACUUACAAAUUAUAGAUAAAGCCGAUGAUGCAAAGUUUUAA